GCACCUAAUCAUGUGAUGAUUGUCUGUGUUAAAGUGGGAAUAGUGCUUAGCACCUAAUCAUGUGAUGAUUGUCUGUGUUAAAGUGGGACUUCCCCAUUCACCAUUCAGUACUUAGCACCUAAUCAUGUGAUGAUUCACCAUUUUGAGACUUGUGCCUCAACCCUUAGCCUUUAAGCCAAGACGACGACAUGACAUUUAAGGAAAGUUACUUUUUUGGUGCUUGUAUUAAAUUUAAACUGGAUAUAAAUAAUUUAAAAUAAAUAUCACUAUCGUAUCUACAGGAACUGUGCAUGCUUCUAAAACCGAGUUGUCAUAUCUCAGAAAAGCAAAAUAGGUCCAUGCAGACCCUGGCCCAACCCAGCAGUUUCUCUACAGCUUUUAAAAUGGGCCCUUCAACUUUAGAGAACAAAUAACAACCCAUGUACCGAUUGCUAUAAUAAAAUGAAAAAUAUAACAAGAGAUUUUUAGAAUUUCUUUUCUCUUAUAAUUAAUGAAAUCCACUAAAUUUUAUAAUGCGAAAUCAAAUAAGUAAUAAUGAAGAUGGCAGCACGUCAUCAUUAUCCUUCCAAUAAAUUAACAAGUUUUGCUGAAUGCCACUGCAUAUUUUAUUGGUGUAAAUAAGAAGGCAAAUAUAAAAGACCUCACAGCCAAUGUAAUUAAUGAAUGCCAGCACAAUAAAGUGAAAGUCAAACAAUAAAGUUGUUGGGUCUAUAUAUGCCUCUUAUUUUUGUUUCUUUUUGAAGGCCUACCCGUAAGCACCCUCUAACUCUCUAGUUUGGGAAUCUGCAACAUGUGGAUCUUUGGGUGGAAAGGGGCUUCUGGGUUCUCAGCCUGUUCCACAGCUGAGCAAGUUUCACAAGGGAUUGAUGGAACUGGCCUCACUGCUAUUGUCACAGGAGCAUCAAGUGGUAUUGGUGUGGAGACAGCACGAGUUCUUGCUUUGCGUGGUGUCCAUGUGAUUAUGGCCGUAAGGAAUUUGGAGGCUGGUAAGAAUGUCAAAGAAACAAUACUCAAGGAAAUCCCCACUGCUAAGAUUGAUGUUAUGCACUUAGAUCUCAGCUCAAUGACAUCUGUCAGGAAAUUUGCUUCUGAAUAUAUAUCCUUGGGUCUUCCACUAAAUCUACUCGUUAACAAUGCAGGUAUCAUGGCAACUCCUUUCACGCUUUCUCAAGACAACAUAGAAAUACAGUUUGCAACAAACCAUGUAGGACAUUUUCUUUUGACGAAUCUUUUGCUGGAAACCAUGAAAAACACAGCACGUGAAAGCAAUCAAGAGGGAAGAAUUGUUAAUGUAUCAUCAGAAGGUCACCGGUUUGCAUACCAUGAAGGAAUUUGUUUUGAUAAAAUUAAUGAUGAAUCAGGAUACAACACUAUACGUGCUUAUGGACAAUCAAAGUUGGCUAACAUUUUGCAUGCUAAUGAGCUUUCAAGACAACUUAAGGAAGAUGGAGUAAAUAUAACUGCUAAUUCACUUCAUCCUGGAGCAAUCGAUACAAAUCUUCUGCGCCAUCACAGCAUUUUUAAUGGCAUUGUGUCUCUUAUUGGUAAAUACUUGAUUAAAAAUGUUCAGCAGGGAGCAGCAACUACAUGCUAUGUAGCACUGUCUCCACAGGUUAAGGGGCUAACUGGCGAAUAUUUUAUGGACAGUAACCUAGCUAAACCAAAUUCUCAGGCUAAAGAUGCAGAAUUGGCCAAAAAACUAUGGGAUUUCAGCUUGAAAUUGACCAAUCCCAAGUAGCUAACUGAUUGAGUCGAUGGCCUCGUAUUAAUAUGAACUAGUUUGGUUUAGGGUCUUCUAUCUGUGGUGUGGACUUUUAAUUUUAUAUGGUUCUCGACCAUCCAUCUAGCUUGUAUGUUUCUGUUUAUGUUCUCAACUAUUUUCCCCUGACUUGUAUCAAAGUACUGCUUUUCAUCAAA